AUGUCUUUCUCCGAUUUUUCCAAGGUUGAAACCAUCAAAUCAUUAAACGAAUUCUUGGCUGACAAGUCUUACAUUGAAGGGUAUGUAUUAAAAUUCAUUCGUAAUGAAGUUAUUGAUUUGAGAUACAAAAUUUUUGUAUAGUUUAUACAACCAUUUGCUUUAAUUAUUGCAAUUGAUUACAACUAUCAAAAUUAAACUAUAAUAAACUUAAUGAUGAUCCUAAUCUUUGGUCCGUGUUUAUGAGGUGGAUUCAAGACCCACCGUAUGAGUGACAAAGAAGAUUCUAAAUAUCAAUUCUGAAUUUAUUUUAAUUAUAAGAUUUAUAUAUGCCUGUACCUCACAAUCAAUUGCAAAUGGUUUGAUUAAUUGCAUACUAACAUAGAAUCUAGUACCUCUGCUACUCAAGCUGACGUUACCGUUUACAAGGCUUUCCAAAAAGAAUUCCCACAAUUUGCUAGAUGGUUUAACCACAUUGCAUCAUUCACCGAAGAAUUUGCUGAAUUACCAGCCGGUAAGGUCCCAGCUGGUUCUGCUGCUGCUGCUGAAGAUGAUGAUGAUGUCGAUUUAUUUGGCUCUGACGAUGAAGUUGAUGAAGAAGCUGAAAAAGUGAAACAGCAAAGAUUAGCUGACUACGCUGCUAAGAAGGCUGCUAAGGGCCCAAAGCCAGCUGCUAAGUCUAUUGUCACCUUAGACGUCAAGCCAUGGGAUGAUGAAACCAACUUAGAAGAAUUAUUAGCUAACGUUAAGUCCGUCGACUUAGAUGGUUUAACUUGGGGUGCUCACCAAUGGAUCCCAGUUGGUUUCGGUAUCAAGAAAUUACAAAUCAACUUAGUUGUUGAAGAUGACAAGGUUUCUUUAGAUGACUUACAAUCUUCAAUUGAAGAAUUUGAAGACCACGUUCAAUCUACCGAUAUUGCUGCUAUGCAAAAAUUAUAA